UUGUUCUUUCCGUUAUAAAGCAAAUAACCUGUUAACCUGGCAUCUCUCUUGUCAAAGAAAGAAGUCUGAGUCCACCACUGCCUUUAUUGCGCCAUGUCUUACGGAGAGCCUCCAGUGUACAACCCACCUGUACCUUUUACUAAACACUUUCACAAUGGUCUACAAGAUGGUGCAAUGGUGGUCAUUUCUGGAGCCGUUCUUCAUUCAGGUGACAGGUUCGUUGUGAACUUUCAGUGUGGCCCUUCUUCAAGUGACGAUAUUGCUUUCCAUUUUAAUCCACGCUUUGCCGAUGGAGGCAUUGUUGUCUGUAACACCAAAGAGCGCCAGAGCUGGGGUCAAGAGCAAAACAAGAGGGAAAUGCCUUUUCAUAGAGGGCAACCGUUUGAGAUUCGAAUACUUGUUAAAAGCCAUGCUUAUAUGGUGUCUGUAAAUAGGAACCACUUUUUGGAAUAUCACCAUAAAAUUCCCCUCCAUAGAGUCAAUACAGUGGUUGUUGAUGGAUGUAUUUCUUUAACAAGUAUGGAAGUACAAGGCCAAGGGGGUGGAUUCCCAUCACAACAGUUUCCAUCUGGAACAAUGUUCAAUCCUGGAUUCCCCCAACAACCUGGCUUUGCCCCUCAGCAGUUUCCUCCUGGAGCUGGAUAUCCAAACCAGUUUCCUUCUGCACCAUUCCAAAUGGCAAAUUUUGCAGUUCCAUACCAGGCUUUAAUCCCUGGCGGAAUGUUCCCUUCCAAGACUAUUAUCGUCAGAGGAGCAGUUACUAGUAACCCCAAAAGGUUUCAUAUCAAUUUUAAGUACAGCGGAGGAACAGUAUUCCACUUUAACCCAAGGUUUGAUGAAAAAGUAAUUGUAAGAAACAGUAAACUGAACAACAGUUGGGGAAAAGAAGAGCGCCAGUUGCCUGGCUGUGGAAUGAUGUUUGCGCCAGGGCAAAGCUUUGUGAUUGAGAUCACCAGUGAACACCAUGCUUUCAAAGUGAAGGUGAACGGUCAUCAUAUGUUUGACUUCCAUCACCGUAUGAAUAAUCUUCAGCAGAUAGAUACUUUGCAAAUCGAAGGAGAUAUUGUCCUGCAACAUGUUCAGUUUUAGGCUUUCUUUUGUCAUUGUUAACAUGUUCAUUUUGGUCAUUUAUUAAAAAAUCAAGAUGUAAAUUCA